AUGAGUUCAAAUCAGUUGUUGCAGAGAUUGCGUGUCGCCGAGCUGCGUGAACAGCUCGAAAAGCGCGGCCUAGACCCAUCUGGCACCAAAUCGGUCCUGAUAAACCGACUCGAGGGAGCCGUAGACGAACGUGAAGACUUCGUUCCUGCUACUGCGGCUUCUGUUGCUGUCACGGAGGACCCGGAUAAUUCGGGUCGUGACAACUUUCAGCAGGAACUGCGGCGUAUGGUGCGCGAAGAAGUAUCAGCUGCAAUCGGCACAGCGUUGUCGGGAGCACCAGAGGCGGCCUCUCAAACCAUGGCAACUGUCACCCUGUCCAAUCCUGCACCUUCUAUCCCCGGGUUGAGCUCCAUUGCAUCUGCGCCGGCGGCUAGCAGUACCGAAACCUCGGCAGCAGCUCACCUCCUCGUGCCCAAGUCACUGCAAGAUCGCAUCGUGAAAGGCAUUUCGGCGGCUCGCUCCCAGCGCCAAGAACCUGCCGGACAACGUGAUAUGGCCCCAGUACAUGGGGAAGUAAGCUACUACGCUGCAUGCGCCAUUGCCCCGAACACACGGCGCACCUAUUCGACCGGUGAGAGCAGAUAUAGUGCUUACUGCCAGUUGUGCCUCUGGAAACCCUUCCCAGCUACUGACUAUCAGCUAAGUUGCUUUGCCGCAUUCCUCGCUCGCUCAGUAAGACCAUGUACUAUCUCUGUGUACCUCAGUGCGGUGCGCAACGCCCAAAUUGAACAAGGCUUGGGUGAUCCCCUGGAAGAUGCCUGGCUGCUGAAACGAGUAGUAAAGGGCAUUGGACGGUGCCAUGGCACAGCUGUUAUCACACCUCGCCUUCCUAUUACCAUGCCUGUGCUCCGCAAAAUAAUGGAUGCGUGCCAGUUGACGGAACUACUCAACCGACAUGACCGUCUGCUGUACCAAGCAUGUAUGCUGCUUGCAUUUUACGGCUUCCUUCGCUGUUCCGAGUUUACAGGGGAGACUCGGAGGACUGAUGCUCGACUCGCAGACGGCAACAUGCAGCUGUUCCUGCCAAAGUCAAAAACAGAUCCACUGGGCAGUGGGGUCACAGUGUUCGUUGGCCGAGCCACGCAACCGUACUGCCCCGUAGCAGCGAUGACAGCAUACCUGCUCACUACCCGCCAUCAUCCAUCCACUGGGCCACUGUUUGUGCUCUCAGAUGGACAGAAGCUUACUCGUGCGGCAUUUACCACCACUGUACGUUCAUUGCUGGCAGCAUCUGGCGUGCCAAACCUGCACCUGUAUUCCGGGCACUCGUUCCGCAUUGGUGCUGCUACGACAGCCGCAAUGGCCGGUGUGCCCGACUCUCUGAUCCGCGCCGCUGGAAGAGUGAUGUAUGUUUGCGGUACAUGCCAACAGCCGAUCUACUUCUUGUACGUUCAUGUGAAGCAGAACGAAGGGGAGAUCGUGAGUGAGAUCGAGAGUGAGAUCUGCAUCUGUUCCGUGAGCAUGAUCCAGAGCUAG